CCUCAGUGACAUGGCAUUCAUUGCAAACACAAUGCCCUACUAUGCAUUGCCCAAAGCGUACAUACGCAUCCGUCCAAAAGUCCUCUGACCCACAAGACCACUCGCUGUCUCACUCGCUGUCUCACUCAUAUCAGCGAGGCCCAGAACUGACUCACUGAGUAGUCGAAGUCUAGUAGGCAGGCGGCUGCUGUUGGAUAAGGACCAUUUGCUUCCCGGCCGGCUGAGCAGAGGUGGCAACGUACGGCUGCGAAGGCUGGGUUGGCUGGCCGAGGACAGUCCCCGGCAUCAGCACCAUUGGCUGCACUUGACCCGGCGUCAGCAUCAUCCCCGCUCCAGGCUGUGGCAACGCGGUUGGCGUGAUUGGGGGCAUGUCCUUCUUGAAGCCGUGUGCCCUGAUGGGGUCAAAAACCAUGGCGGGAGAGGGCAGGGAGAUGGAUGCAUUCAGCUGACCGCAUGACGUGUCGAUACUCCUGACAGAAGGUGCUGUCAGAGAUAUACAUCCCAACAGAAGGUCAGCUGAAUAUGUCUGGCUAUUGUCUGUCCACUGUUUUUCUGUCUGUCUGUCUGUCCGCUGUCUGUCUGCCGAUCCUCACCAAGGGCCGCACCAGAAGACACAGCAGCAGUCCUGAAGCGGCAAGAAAACGGGCAAUGAGAAUGGUGCAGAGACACGACUCUGAUGCGUCCUCACCUGGGCACAAUCCAGCGGCUCGAUCUUAUAAUACCUGACGUCGACGCACCACAGAAGACGAUCGGCAGAAAUGAGUAGUAGAAGUCCCUCUUAGCUGAGCAGCUGCCUUACGCUCGCAGCUUGGUCCGGUAGUGAAGGUUGAGGACCAGCAAUACGAUGGCAAACACCACAGACACCACGCUGAACAUCCAGCCGGCGAUCCGAUUCGGGCUGAUGUUAGGGAUGUAGAAGAGAGCUUGCUGGACAAUCGAUAUCACCCACGAGAUCAUCCAUAGGGUGAAGAACAACCAGAAGCCUGCGGCAGCACAUAGGAGAGAGACCACCCGUGGUGACAAAGGGCGAAAGGCCGUGUUUCUUGCCCGUGCUCCAUCGGAGAAUCUUUGUCUCGUCCAGGGGCCACGCCUACAGCCAUCCAUGUGGGAGCGAGUGAGGUAGAGGGACAAAUCGAGGGUCGUCGUGUGGGCUUCUGCACAUCUUGAAGUAGGCAAAAAUUGGGUUGAUUACGAGGCCGACGGUGCCCCAAAAACAGCUAGAGCCGUCGCUUCCACAGUCGAACACGCCAUCAGACCAACGAC